UUCGGUUCUUCAUCUUGUAAGAAAAUUUAGAUCUCUCUGUGCGUUCUUCUACAAAAGGAGAAACUCGCCUCUUCUUCUACCUCUCUAUCUCUCUUCUCUUUCUCAAUCUCUUCUUCGCCUUGUGAGAUUCAGAUCCGAAACGAAACUUGUAAGCUCAGAGAAUCAUUUUUGGUAUCUAGGUUUCUGAAGCAUAAAGGCUUCUCGUCUUUCGAACAACCGUCUCUUAUUUCUUUUCCUUCUAUUUCCUGAGUGAUUUUUAAGCAGAGAUUGAUCGAAGAAGAUAGAAUCUCGUCUUUCUUCACUUCUUUCGAAUACUGAAGCCAUUCUCAAAUUCCCCAUCUAGAUUUCUUUUUUACUUGUUUUGAUCCAUUGUUUUUCACUGCUAAAGCAACGAAAUCUCGAUUACGAAUUCGUUGUUCCACCCUGAACUUUGCCUCUCCUUUGGUCUCGGGAAGUGUUGUGAUUUGUUUCAGUCUCCUCUCCGUUCGAUUCUGGAUUUAGGGAUUGGGAAAAGAGAGCUCUGGGUUUUGGACAUUGCGUUGCUAGCUCUUUGUUUACAUUGCGUCAUUUUCUGAUCUCAAUAAUUACAUUUCUCCGCCUUAGCUUAAUCCAAAGCUCACUAAUUCCGGGUUUAGUAGCGUUUUUUUUGGAUGCCCUGUAGCCAAAGAUGCAGCCUGAUCAGCGCAAAAAGUCAUCAGUCGAAUUAGAUUUCUUCACGGAAUACGGUGAAGGGAGCAGAUACAGAAUAGAGGAAGUAAUUGGUAAAGGAAGCUAUGGAGUCGUCUGCUCGGCUUACGACACACACACCGGCGAGAAAGUUGCGAUCAAGAAGAUCAAUGACAUUUUCGAGCAUGUCUCUGAUGCCACCCGCAUUCUCCGUGAGAUCAAACUUCUCAGGCUCUUACGCCAUCCAGACAUUGUCGAGAUCAAACACAUUUUGUUGCCGCCUUCAAGAAGAGAGUUCAGAGACAUUUACGUGGUUUUCGAGCUCAUGGAAUCUGAUCUGCACCAGGUUAUCAAGGCAAACGAUGAUUUGACUCCUGAGCAUUACCAGUUUUUUCUCUAUCAGCUUCUCCGUGGCCUCAAGUAUAUACACACAGCGAAUGUCUUUCAUCGAGAUCUUAAACCCAAAAACAUAUUGGCAAAUGCCGAUUGCAAACUCAAGAUCUGUGAUUUUGGACUCGCAAGAGUCGCAUUCAAUGAUACACCAACUGCGAUAUUCUGGACUGACUAUGUAGCUACUCGAUGGUACCGGGCUCCAGAACUUUGUGGAUCAUUUUUCUCAAAGUAUACACCGGCGAUAGAUAUAUGGAGCAUAGGGUGCAUUUUUGCAGAGCUCUUAACAGGGAAACCUCUUUUCCCCGGGAAAAAUGUGGUCCAUCAAUUAGACCUGAUGACUGAUAUGUUGGGAACUCCAUCUGCAGAAGCCAUUGGAAGGGUGAGGAACGAGAAAGCUCGAAGAUACUUGAGCAGCAUGCGGAAGAAGAAGCCUAUUCCUUUUUCACAUAAGUUUCCACAUGCUGAUCCUCUCGCUCUUCGUCUUCUAGAGAAGAUGUUGUCUUUUGAACCCAAGGACCGGCCUACAGCUGAAGAGGCGCUUGCGGAUCCGUAUUUCAAGGGUUUAGCUAAGGUUGAGAGAGAGCCCUCUGCUCAACCUGUGACAAAGUUAGAAUUCGAGUUCGAGAGGCGGAGGAUCACAAAAGAGGACGUGCGAGAGCUCAUAUAUAGAGAGUCUCUUGAGUACCACCCAAAGAUGCUGAAAGAGUACUUGGAUGGAUCGGAGCCAACUAACUUUAUGUACCCGAGUGCGGUGGAACAUUUCAAGAAACAGUUUGCUUACCUCGAGGAACACUACAAGAAUGGUACUUCGCAUAAUCCCCCCGAGAGGCAGCAGCACGCAUCAUUACCUAGGGCUUGCGUUUUGUACUCUGAUAACAAUCAUGCUGCAGCACAGCAGAAUUCAGUGGAAGUCACUGAUGGACUCUCCAAGUGUAGCAUCAGAGAUACAGAGAGACAGCGUGGCGCAGACAGGAAUGCGCAGAUGCCAAUGUCGCGAAUUCCUAUUAACGUCCCUCAAACAAUCCAAGGAGCCGCAGUGGCUAGGCCUGGAAAAGUAGUUGGAUCAGUGUUACGCUAUAACAACUGCGGCGCAGCGACAGGAGUUGAAGCUCUUGAACAACAACAGCGUAGGAUGGUUAGAAAUCCAGCUGGUGCGGCUCAAUACCCAAAGAGAACUCAACCUUGCAAAAGCAAUAGAGGAGAUGAAGACUGCGUUGCCGCCGAAGGGUCAAGCAGAUUGAAACAAAACCCUCAGUAUAUACCACAGAAAGUUGCUGCAGCGCAAGAUACUGCAAUGAGUCGCUGGUACUAAGAUGAUGUUUUGGGUCUAAAAGAAGCAGCUUUAAACUUGACGCCUCAGUGAGAGCUAAAAAAGAAGCCCUUUGAAUCAUCCAUCGCGUUUUCAAGAGUCGAAACAUGAAAGAGCGAUAAGAGAGAAAGGAAAAGAUGAAGAAGAAAGAGCGUUCUUACAGAUCCUUUCAUGUAAUUUGUCUUCAUAACCUUUGUCUAUCUACGGUUGUAACUCUUAUAUUCUUAUCCAUUACGUACGAAUAAGUAUAAUACUCUGAAAAACACAAAGACUAAUCCCCAAAUUCCAUUGGAUCUUUGAUAUUAAUAGAAAAGCAUUGAAAAAA